AUGGGACUGGGAUGUGUACUAGGGGACAGCAUCAUCAUUGGUGUCUUUUGGGACAAGGAGGGUUGUUUCCAGAAAAUCAUUGGUGUCUUCAAGCCCAAGAACGAGGAGCCGUACGGGCAGCUGAACCCCAAGUGGACCAAGUGGCUGCAGAAGUUGUGCUGCCCGUGCUGCUUUGGGAGAGACUGCCUCGUCCUUAACCAGGGCUACUUGUCGGAGGCGGGCGCCAGCCUGGUGGACCAGAAACUGGAACUCAACAUUGUUCCCCGCACGAAGGUGGUGUAUCUGGCCAGUGAGACCUUUAACUACAGUGCCAUCGACAGGGUGAAGUCCCGAGGAAAGAGGCUGGCCCUGGAGAAGGUGCCGAAAGUUGGCCAGCGCUUCAACCGCAUCGGUCUGCCGCCCAAGGUGGGCUCCUUCCAGCUCUUUGUGGAAGGCUACAAGGAUGCUGACUACUGGCUGCGGCGGUUUGAAGCUGAGCCGCUCCCGGAGAACACCAACCGGCAGCUGCUGCUGCAAUUCGAGCGGCUGGUGGUGCUGGACUACAUCAUCAGGAACACAGACCGGGGCAAUGACAACUGGCUCAUCAAGUACGACUGUCCCCUGGACAGCGCGGGUGUGCGGGACAGCGACUGGGUGGUGGUGAAGGAGCCCAUCAUCAAGCUGGCUGCUAUAGACAAUGGUUUGGCCUUUCCCUUGAAACACCCGGACUCCUGGAGAGCAUAUCCAUUCUACUGGGCAUGGCUGCCCCAGGCCAAAAUCCCCUUUUCACAGGAGAUCAAGGACCUGAUUCUUCCCAAGAUCUCGGACCCCAACUUUGUCAAGGACCUGGAGGAAGAUCUGUAUGAGCUCUUCAAGAAAGACCCUGGCUUUGACAGGGGACAGUUUCACAAGCAGAUAGCUGUCAUGAGAGGCCAGAUCCUGAACCUGACUCAGGCGCUGAAAGACGGGAAGAGCCCCCUACACCUGGUUCAGAUGCCGCCUGUGAUUGUGGAAACGGCGCGUUCCCACCAGCGCACCUCCAGCGAGUCCUACACGCAGAGCUUCCAGAGCCGGAAGCCUUUCUUCUCAUGGUGGUAGCUGUGGGAGCCGCGGGCAGGGCUUGGCCGCCUCGGACUAGCACUGCGAGAGGAGCCGGGCCACUGCUGGCUCUUGCGGCCGGGACUCGACCUUCUGGGUAGAGUGAGCAGGUGUGGCUGGAGGAACCUGCAGCUGAACUAGAGGAGCCAGGCAGGUCGGGCACGGUCCCUCCCUAGCUCUGUCGGAGCUCGGUGCCCUGCCUGGGGCAGGGCCCAGGGGGAGGCGUGGGAAUCCGCUGGGAGCCGUGGUGUGGCUGGAACCCUGCCCCUGCCUGCCUCCCUCGGCCUGCAUGCGGUUCUGAGCACCCCUGCUUGGGGCUGGGAUGAGCAGGCUGCCUGGGCCAGGAUCCGUCCAGCCCUUUACACCAGCCACUGGCCCUUUUCUUCCCCGCCGUGCCUGCUGCCGGGCUGGGAAGGCCUGUAGCGGGUUAUACCCUCUCCCUUUCCCCGAGGGUGUGCUGUACUCCUCCACUGUCCCUCCUCUGCCCCAAUCCUGUGCACGCUGCUUUCCUCAGGGGGAGUUCCUGCUGCCCGCUGGCGCAGCGGGGACCACAAUGAACGGCUGUUCUCUGGCUGGGGGCUCAAGGAGGGGACACAUGAGGGACAACUCACAGGGCUGGCUUGGGUGCAGUUAGACACUAAGGGGAAAGAGGUGCUGGCUUGUCCUUGUGAAUGGCAGCUGGCUCUGGGAGGGGCUGUAGCUUAGUGCCCCCCCCUCAGCUG